AUGGCGUCUCCAUUCUCCCCUGACAGCACUGGCGGCAUGGACCAAGAGAUGGGAAAGCUCCACAAGGUUGCAGGUGUCCGCUUACCAGAUAAGCCGCCGUCGACCCUGUGGGACGUCUCCAUCUCUGAAGGAAGGAUUUCUUCCCUCGACGCUCACGAUCCCGACCGCGCUGGCCCGGAGAGCUCACCGGGUAUCCUGGACGGCGCCAACCGUCUGUUAGCUCCCUCGCUCUGUCACGCGCAUAUCCACCUUGACAAGUGCUUUCUCCUUCAGGAUCCCAAGUUCAGCGACUUACAGAUCGAGAAGGGCGACUUUCAGGAGGCCAUGGAGAUGACGGGCAAGGCAAAAGCCAGAUUUGAAGAGGACGAUCUACUAAGGAGAGGCCGCCAGCUUAUUGAGGAGAGCAUCUAUCAUGGCGUGACAGCCAUGCGGGCUUUUGUGGAAGUAGACGGCGGCGUGCAGUUCAAAUGCCUAGAUGCAGGCCUAAAAUUGAAAGACGAGUUCGAAGACCGAUGUGAGGUCCAGAUCUGCGCAUUCGCACAGCUUCCGCUCUUCUCUGGAGAGGACGGCGGCGAAGAGGUCAGGAAACUAAUGACUGCGGCUGCACAGGAAGAAGCGGUUGAUGCCUUAGGCUCUACCCCCUACGUCGAGCGGGACGAGAACAAGUCCAAGAUGAAUGCACGCUGGAUCUCGUCGCUCGCCCUGACGGCCGGCAAACACCUUGACCUCCACCUGGACUACUUUGUAGAGGAGCACAAGCAGCCUCUCAUCUGGGACACGCUAAACAUCAUUAAAGAUAGAAACUGGCUAGAAAGAGGGGGCAAACAGAUCACACUGGGACACUGUACCCGCCUAACGCGAUUCAGAGAUUGGGAGUGGGAUCAACUGAGACAGCGCGUCGGCGAGCUGCCCGUGUCCUACGUCGGCCUGCCCACUUCGGAUCUGUUCAUGAUGCGCACCGACGAGAAUGUCCGUGGGACGCUACCGGUCGUGAAGAUGAUAAAACAGCACGAUUUGCAAGCAGCCAUUGCGGUCAACAACGUAGGGAAUGCAUUCACGCCGCAAGGGAACUGCGAUCCUCUCGGAAUUGCGACUCUUGGUGUGGGCCUCUACCAGGCGGGGACAAAGAAGGAUGCCGAAUUACUAUAUGCAACCGUCUCGUCAAGGGCGAAGGGCGCUAUUGGUUGCGAGUCGACAUCGCUCAGCCUGGAAGUGGGCGAGCCGGCCGACUUCGUCUUGUUUGAUAGAAUGGACAGCGGAUGGCGGUGCAGAAAGAGCAUAGCUGAAGUAGUGUAUGAUGCAGGCCCAAGUCGGCAGACGAUACGGCGCGGAAGGGUGACGGCACUUUGA